AUGGUUGAUGAUCCAAUCGAUCAAAUCGAAAUAGGAAAUCCUAUCAAUGAAAAAGAUUUUAAUCGAUUAGAACUUCAACAUCAUUUAUUUAGAAUUAUUUGGAAUAGUAACUUUUCGGUUCCUAUGCAAAGUCAACUUAGUAUAGGAAAUACUAGAGUUCUUGAGGUUGGAUCUUGCCCAACGAUAUGGACGUUUGAUAUGGCCUCAGAAUACCCUUUAUCAACAUUUGUCGGCAUAGAGAAUACUUCUGCAAUAAUAAAUACUUCUUCAAUAUCUUCUAAUUAUUCUUCGAAAAUUCCUGAACCACGUAAUGCUAUCGUUUUACAAACGAACACAGGUCUUCCAUUUCCCAAUGAAACUUUUGACCUAGUAUACCAUAAAUCAACAGCCAUAAUACCUUUAUUACAAUGUCUUCAUAAUCCUUUAAACACAAUAAAUCAAAUGAUAAGAGUGUUAAAGCCUGGAGGCUGGCUGGAAUUUAUGAUAAUUGAAAAGCGAUGGUAUAAUCUUGGUCCUAUAACCCAAUACAUGGAAAAUUCAUAUAUAGAACUUUGCCCUUCGUUUAAAAUAAAUAAUCUUGAGUGUACGCAAUUGGAAAAAUACUUACACACAAAGAAUGAUCUUUCUUGCAUAACGAUACAAACAAAAGAAAUUCCAAUCGGUAGUUUUGGCGGAAGAAUCGGUGAAUUCGUAAGUCAUUAA